AUGAGAGUGGGUGGUAGGGUAGGCCCAGCAGCUAUUCCAAGGGAUGCACAAACAAUUACACCUGAAGCAAUUGAGUGCGUAAACGAUGCGCUUGCAAGCACUGAAAUCGAGCACAAAGCAGAGACCAAAAAGAAGGCAGUUCCAUGCAAAGCAGCGGGCCAACGUUGGGAGGACCCAACUCUUGCCGAAUGGCCUGAGAGUAUGUUGUCUGCCCUAUUUCGUUUCCUUAUGAUUAUGUAG